AUGGACACCAAGUCGCCAGCCAGCCACCGGCGCAAUGCCUCGUCCAGAUCAGGCAUCUUACGCUCAUUGGUCUCCUCCAAGUCAAGGCAGAUCUCCCCAGAAUCCAGCCUGACUUCAGCGCACAGUCACACCAGGACCGUUCCACUUCGACCCGCGGACGACUCACAAGGAGCAAGCACAAGAGGCGUGCUGGGAGAGCGGCAAAACAAUGUUCAGUCACCGCCAUCUUCUCCGUCCAAAUCCUCGCGGAAAGGCGACAAGUCACCCUCGAAGAUCAAGACUGUGAAAGAUGGUCUCAAGACGUCCAAAUCAUCCUCGAACCUGGCAGCUGUGUUUGCCCGACUAAAUCGCUCAAGCAAGGAUCUCUCCACCACAGCCACUAUGGGUAAGGACAAAGAGAACAAAAGUCCUCCGAAUUCGAGCGACGGGCAGGUUCCGACCCCGAUAUGGGCACAAUUCGCUAGUCCUAACUCGCGCCCAGAGAGCUCUGACAGCAAGUCCUCUCGCAGCGUCCGGGAUGAAAUCGCGAGAUACACACCACAGGAGUACUCUCCGAGCAAACAGCGCAACUUCAACGGCACAAUCGAGCAACCAACUCUUCGACCAACAUUGGGCAAAGCUCGACCACGGAGUGGCUAUUUCAGCUCCGAGGCUAUCGUUGGGGCGUUUGGGAGGAGAGCCAGUGGUGAGAGACCCAGCACGGACGUGAGGAGAUCGGAGGAUUCGGGACGGAGGACCGUUCAAGAGCAAGGUGAUGGCAGGGCUUCGGUGGAGAAGUCGAGAUUCCUUAGGCGAAACGUCGAGGACCGCAAAACAAGUGGAAGUAGUGCGGAGGACCCGGCCAAAGCGAAGCUGAGCAUCGCAAAAAGAGGUGGUCGAGUGAUGGCCGCUGUUGCCGCUUUCCAAGGGAAGACAAACGAGGACAAGUCUCAGAGUGAGAAGAAAGAGGCACCUCUCAACCCCAAGACUGUAGAAGAGGCAUUCGAGAAUGUACUGGUCUCGCGGAACAUCCCAGAACCGAUGCGGCAGAAAAUGCGAACAUUGACGCUCCGCGUCAAAGCAGACUUCGUUCGACAGGAUCAGGAAGCGGCAAAGACGGCGAGGAGUACUCCGGUCGGCACUCUCAAUGGCGAUACGACCAAGCUGAAAAGCAAUACGGCUGUCGUUGAGGAGGCUGUGGACAUCAAGGAGCACGAAGAAGACGACAGCAAGUCGACGAAGCGAUCUCGACCUCGAAGCAGAACUUUCACAUUCUCAAGAGGCGAUCGUAAGGACAAGAGUGAAGGCUCGCCGACCAAGAAGCCAAGAUCGCAAAGUAAAGGUCGCCCGACUUCGAUUCAUAUUCCGAAGGAAGGCUCCCACAAUCCUCAAUCAACGCCUACCACUCCGAUCAGCGGAUCGUUUGGUCGCAAAGCUGCUCCACCUACGAAUCCCGCAGACUACAUCACGUACCUUCGGAAGCAUCAAGACCCGACGAAAGUUGAAGUUGGCCGUCUCCACAAGCUGCGUAUCCUGCUGCGUAACGAAACUGUGGCGUGGGUUGAUAGCUUCAUCUCUCAACGCGGUAUGUCGGAGAUCAUCGGACUGCUGAACAGAACCAUGGCGAUUGAGUGGCGAGAGGAGCAUGAGGAUCAGCUCUUACAUGAAACCUUGCUGUGCUUGAAGGGACUGUGCACGACUGAGCGUGCAAUGGCAGAGCUUGAUCAGGUCGCCGAUGAAUUGUUCCCAGCUCUGUUGGCAAUGCUGUUUGAUGAUGAGAAGAAAGGACCCGCCGAGUACUCUACCCGCACCAUCAUCAUCAACAUUCUCUUCACAUUCCUCUCAACUGCGACAGACUACUCUGUCACCGCCCUCGAACACCGCUCUCGCCGCAUCCUCGCCUACCUGAGCGCUCGUCCAGCUCCGGAAUCCGACCUGCCAGUCGCCUUCGUCCUCACAAUGCACACUCCUCGACCGUACAAGAACUGGUCGCGAGAAGUCAGCAACGUCACCAAAGAAGUCUUCUGGAUCUUCCUUCACCACCUCAACGUCGUACCACUUCCCAGGCCAACCACCUCAGACCCUUUCGAAUCUCCCUCUGACCGUACUGACAUCCUCGCGGCGACCUACACCCAACGUCACUUCCCCGGCGCCCGCCCUCCCGUGCCUGCAGCACCCUACAUCGGCGGCGUAGAAUGGGACGCAACGACCUACAUGACAGCCCAUCUCGACCUCCUUAACGGCCUCCUCGCCUCUCUGCCCACUUCCACCGCUCGCAACGAUCUCCGUCGUGAGCUACAAGCCAGCGGUUUCGAGAAAGUCUGCGGCGCGGUUCUACGGACGUGUAAAGAGAAAUUCUACUCUGGCGUGCACGAUGGAUUGAGAGCUUGGGUCGCCGCUGCGAGUGAGGAUGAUUGGGAUACAAGAUUUGUGAGGGAGGGGCCGACGGAUGACGAGGUUGCUGAACAGGCAAUAAGAGCUAGGAGCUCGAGUCCGAAGAAGAAGAAGGGUGAUGAGGCGCCGAAGCUGGAGGAGGUGAAGACACAGUCGCCAAGACUGGAGUUGGAUCUCGGUGGUAGGAGGGACGGAGGUGAUGAUGAUGGAUGGCUUGGAUGA